GAUGAUUUGACACACAUCUGUCAUAGUUUUUAAAGAGUCCAAGAAGUAUAAUGUUUCACAUUUUUUUUUUCCUUUCAAGUUUGGUUUCCAUAUUGAUUUUUGUGGUCCCUCUUCUGGGCCAACUUUUUUUUUACUAUUGGUUGUUGUUGAAGUUAAAAUCCAGGACAGACUUUAAUACAUGUCAUGUCAUGGGAAAGGCCAAGUUAACCGAGUUAUCUCUAAUGGCUAAGUUGCAGGCUCUUUAUCUCUUCUCUUAUAAUUUUCUUCAGUUUCUUGGAUGGACAACAGCUCUUUUCAGAAUUCUGAGCAAUUUAAUUUCCACCAAGUUAGUCACUGGGGCUUAUGCUUCUGCUGGUGAACUAAUUUGUUUACUGCAAUGUUGUGCAUUCUUGGAAGUUAUACAUGGAGCUAUAGGGAUUGUUCCUAGUGGAGUAGUGCUUCCUCUGAUGCAAUGGAGUGGAAGAACUCAUUUUGUGCUAGCAAUUGUUCGUCAAAUUGUUGAGGUUAAAGAAUUGCCUUCGAUGUUCAUAACAUUUUCCGCUUGGAGCUUAACUGAGGUUAUCAGAUACUCACACUAUGCUUUGAGUUGCAUUGGGAGUCCACCGUACUUGAUCACUUACCUCAGGUACACUGCUUUCAUUCUACUGUAUCCCGUUGGAGUGGGACCUGGUGAAAUAUGGCUUAUGUACCAGGCGCUUCCGUUCAUUAAAAGGGGAAACCUGUAUGCAAAUAGUCUCCCUUUCAGUUAUUAUAACUUUAUCAAGGUUCUGCUUGUGUUGUACCCUCUUCUAUGGCUCAAACUUUAUUUGCACUUGUUCAAGCAACGUCGGUCAAAGCUGGGUAAAUAUCAGAAGACAAAGAAGAUAUGAGAGUCCAAUUUUUUUUCCCCUGCUUGUAUUUUGUUGCAUUUUUAUGAUGUAUAAAGGAGUAAAGUACUCCAUGAGAACUUAAAUUAGGGGUCCUUUAGUUGGUGGAAUAAAAAAAAUAAUUUCGUAAUAAAAUGCGAAAUUAUUCUACCUCACAUUUGAUUA